CCCUCCCCCUGUUGCUCCCUGCUUUUAAUCUUGUUAGUCCUGGAAGGCUGAAGAUACGGGGAGGGACCCGCAGGGAAGGCGCCUGCCGGCGUGUGCCGGGCAUGGUUUUUUCUCCCGAGGUUUCUGCAGAAGCUGUAAAGCUGUUCUUAGACGCUUGGGCUUGGUGCCACUGUCGCAAAACGCUCCCAAGGCAGGAUGCGUCAAGGAAAACAAGGGAAGCCAGCGGCGGGCAGGGUGAUGGGAGCCCUGACAAAAGGAGCAGUGAGCGAGAAAUCCAGGGAAAUGCAGCGGCUGCGGGGCCGGGGCGGCUGCGUGCCGAGGGCUGGGGCUGCCAAACGGGCCCGCCUGCUCCUGCGCCUUCUCGGCGUGUUCCCCGCGGGGACAGGAGGAGCUGGUGGGGCAGCUCGGGCCAGAGCAGCAGCCGGUUCCUGCUGAACCCCGCAGAAGAGCGAGCAAAGAGAGGAGCUUCGGAAGCCAAGAGCGUGCGGUGGCGAAACCUUCGGAGGAAUGGGCUGAGGCUUCGCUGAGCUGAUGUUCCCCCGCGCCCAGGACCCGCGGCACCGCGGCAAUGUCUCUGCCGGGGAGCAGACGCUCGUCCACCGGAUCACGAAGUCGCGGGGUUUAUGGACGGAGUGGCUUUGCCUCCUUCUUUAAGUCUUCAGCGCCCUCAGCCACUCGGCCUGAGACACAGCCUCUUCUCCCUGCCUCCAGGCGCCCCUCGCCCCCCGGGAGGGACACCUACGGCACCUCCUCGCUGAGCAGCAGCAGCAAUUCUGGCUCCUGCAAGGGCAGCGACAGCAGCCCCACCCCAAGGCGCUCGGCCAAGUACAACCUCUGUAGUGACAACCAUGGGAUAAAGCCACCGACGCCGGAGCAGUACCUGACCCCCCUGCAGCAGAAGGAGGUCUGCAUCAGGCACCUGAAAGCUCGCCUGAAGGACACGCAGGAGCGGCUGCAGGACAGGGAUGCUGAGAUCGAGGACCUGAAGACGCAGCUGUCGCGGAUGCAGGAGGACUGGAUCGAGGAGGAGUGCCACCGCGUGGAAGCCCAGCUGGCGCUGAAGGAAGCCCGCAAGGAGAUCAAGCAGCUGAAGCAGGUCAUCGACACGGUGAAGAACAACCUGCUGGAGAAGGACAAAGGGCUCCAGAAGUAUUUCGUGGACAUCAACAUCCAGAACAAGAAGCUGGAGACGCUGCUGCACAGCAUGGAGGUGGCCCAGAACGGGGCGCUGAAGGAGGAGGGGGCCGGCGAGUCGGCGGGGGGGUCCCCAGCCCGAUCCCUCACCCGCAGCUCCACCUACACCAAGCUGAGCGACCAGGGGGCCGGGGACCGCAACGUGGGGGGCUCGCAGACCAUCUCGCUGGACGAGGGGGCCGACAGCGGCUUCGCCGGGGCGGAGGAGGCUCCCGGCCACACGGACCCGCUGGAGGUGGGGGGCGAACCUGUCACCCGCCUGCCCCCCAGCUCCACCUACGAGAAGCUGCUGGGGCUGCGGGGCAGCGCGGAGGCCGGGGUGCAGGCCAGCUGCAUGCAGGAGCGGGCCAUCCAGACGGACUUCGUGCCCUGCCAGCCCGACCUGGACACCAUCCUGGAGAAGGUGAUGAAGUCCCAGGCUUGCAGCUUAGGCAGCCCCACCUCCGCCUGGGUCUCCGAAAUGGAAGACAUGGUGCCCGGCCCCGAGCUCUCCAACCCCACCGGGACCACGGACCUGCUGGUGGCCGAGCCCGAUGGCCCCACGGCCGGUGCCGGUACCGAGGGGGGUGCCCCCUGCAACCCGGCGGUGCGGCAGCCCCCCAGUGCCAACCCUUCGGUGGCCAUCGCCUGCGUGGCGGAGGAGGAGGCGGCGACGGAGGCGACGGGCUGCGAGGCUGCCACCUCCAAGAGCUACUGGAGCCGCCACUUCAUCGUGGAUCUGCUGGCGGUGGUGGUGCCGGCGGUGCCCACGGUGGCCUGGCUGUGCCGCUCGCAGCGCCGGCAGGGCCAGCCCAUCUACAACAUCAGCUCGCUGCUGCGGGGCUGCUGCACCGUGGCCCUGCACUCCAUCCGCAGGAUGGGCUGUCACCCCGUCGCCAGCCCCGGGGGCAGCACCCAGCCCUGACACCCCCCUUUACCCCCCUCCACGCCCCCUGCCCGCCCCCACGGACCCGACCGCUGAUUGUAAAAGCCCGGCGUGUCCCCUCUCUCAUGGGGUCCUUCAUGGGGUCCGGCUCAUUACACAGCCCGGGGGGUGGGAAGGGGCCGGGGGGAGGGUCUGUGGGUGCGUGGGGAUAUACUGCCUACCCCCCCCCCAAACCCCCUGCUCCUUUGUCCUGGAGGAGGGAAAGGACCAUGGCUGGAAGAGAGGUGCCAAGUGGCGAUGGGGGACGUGGCACCGAGUGACCCCCCUGCCCGAUGGACUCCACCUGCCCACGGUGCCCCUGGCUGGGGGGGUGAAGGGGAGUGGGCUGCACCCCACGGGGUGGGCUCUCCCUUCAUGGCACUCACUUUUUGGUUGUCCUUGCCCUGCCCAGGGUGGGUGACGGCGAAGAGCCACCCAGCAGCAGGGAGAGAUGGGGUGGGGGGGCUACAGUGGGACCCCCCCGGGUGCAUUUCUUGCUCUGGGUGCAGAUUGCACCAGGAGAGGAUGGGGGGAACCCACCCAGACACAGGGACCAUCUCUGGAGGUGGUGGGGGCACCUUCACCCCGACCUCCUGAGCCCCUUUGGUGUCUGUCCUCUGUCCUGCAGGACGAUGCCCUGGCCGGGCACUGCUCAGCCCCUCUUCAAACUGCCCAUCCGUUGGGAGAUGCCCCCCCAAAACUGGGACAGAACCGAGCUGGGGGUCCUGCACAGCCGAGCGGCCCCUGGGGGGGAAGCCUCAGUCCCUCCUUCCCUUUGCUUUGCACUAUAUUCACUUUUUUUUCGUUUGGUACAGACUGAAGCCCUGUUGUUGGGGGGGAGCUGAGGCAGCAGCGAGCCCUUGGUGGGGGGGGGGACCCCCCAGCCCUGGCUCUGGCCACCACGGAGUGGGACUGGGGGCUCUUGGGGUUUUGGCAGUGUUGACACCGGUGAUCCCAUCCUCUACUGGAGCUUGAGGAUGCCUUGGCUGGGAGGCAGCGAGAGGGUGUGGGCAGGGCUGGGUGCUUUUGCCUGUCCUGGCCCCCCCAAAUCCCCACUUUGCUGGUGGCCUCCAGGAAAAAAAAAAUAUAAAAAUGCCUUUUUUAAAUGAAAAGCAAAGACAGCAACGAUUGCUCGGCGGGGGCUGGCGGGGCACGAGACUUGGGGCUCCCCGGGCACACGGUGCUCCCGCCCCCAUGAAUGUCUGUGGCUUCUUCGUGACUUGAAUUAACGGUGUUCCCCCCCCUUCCCCAACUCUACCACCCAUGGGUGCUGCCAGCGGGGCACCCCUGGGAGCUGGUGAUGCUCCACACACCAGCAUCCACUGGUCCCCGUGCGGGCACACGCCGUGUCCUGCAUCCCUUACGCUGCCCCGCAGCCCCCUGCCCGGGGGCUCUGCCCGUGCUGGGGGGUGGCAGAGGCAGCUGCUGGCACAGCACCGGGUGCCAGGAGAAGAAUUUGGGGAGAAACAGCGAGACGGCGGUCGGUGUAAGCGGAGUUAGGAUUUACGCCUCUUGUGCAAUGUAUUUGUGGAUCUGUGUACACGUCUGUUAGACUAUCCAAAGCUUUGCCAAGAAAUAAAUGUAACGAUUAUAUUUGAAAGACAAAUCUAUAUAAUAUAUUUUUUAAAUACAGAACUGAAAAAGCUGUAAA